UGUAAUGCAGUCAAGUCAACCAAGCGCCAAGUUUCAGAAGUUCCUCUCGUAGCCGGAAUAUCUCAAAAUAUUUGAAAAAAAACACACACUGUUAAGUUACUGGACUAUAUGACUCAAUCCUUAAUCGGUGCCUUUGGUCUCCAUCUGUGAACGUAAUCAAAUGAAAAUUACAAAAAUGUGUUUGUGCUCGACGUGUUUGUAGUCAAAACAUUAGUGCCGCUCUGGAUAUUCUUCCUGAUUCCAAUAACACACCCGAGUGUUCGAGUUGAGCACAAUUUAAAUAUUAACAUGUGUGUUUCAAAUAAACCGUGUGUAUAAAGCAGACGCACGGCUCGAUGUAUAUUUACGUAGGCGAGUCGGGAAUGUAAAUCAUGUUGUAAAUUUUGAUAACAAGGUCUCCGGCAGUUUGUGAACAACUGAAAAGGUUUGUGCGUUAUCGUGGUAGUACUCCAGUGAAUAUAAGAUUUUAUGUGUGUUUUUCUGGGCUUUAAAUGCCUUUUAAAUUGUAAUUGUAAUAUGUGGAUUACUACUUCAUCCGAGGAUCAUAUUAGUUUGGUCAUAAAAGAGAAAGGUUUCCAGAUAUGAUAAGACCAAAAAAUUCCGAUGUCCCGCCGUUCUUCCAACCAGCAGCCAAGGUUUGCUCGUCCUGACCACAAUCCAUAUCAAGUCACAACACUUGCUCCACCUAGAAAUCGUCCAUCAGGAUACAACCACCAUUACUCCCAAAAGCGAUGCCAAAGAAAACCGGGCAAAUACCCACCGCAGACCACUAUAGACAUCGGCUUCAGUGAUGCCACUACCACAGACACCUACUACGACUACUGCGAGCAAGAUGGCAGCACGUUUCAGCACAGCCCGCUACGAGAAAGCAGGGCUACAGACGUCACAUUUUCCGAUGACAGCGGAUCUACUCGCCUGCCAUACUACGAGUUCGAUGACGAGUCGAAUAACGGAUGUUCGAGGAACUCGUUUUCGGAGCACAGCUUUAGACAGGCGGCGAGGUUACAGAGACAAGAUAGGAUUGGGAAACAUGAGGAGGAUAUGGAGGAGGAGGAAGAGUGGGAGGAGAGAUUGUAUCAUGAGAUUCAAACCCCCUGUGAUAAUGGCCCAACUCCGGUUACCGCUAAUGGAAGAAGACUUCCAUUAUCCCGGUUGUCGGACAGACCUCAAAGUUCCAUGAGUUCAGCGCUGACCAAUGCCAUGGUCUAUGGUUGUGGAGGAAAAUGCCAAACAUUUGAGACUAUUUGUUAUUUCGUAUUACAGCUUAUUUUUACUAUGGGAAUCCUUAUUGGUGUAUCGCUAUGCAUAGCUGGUUUGGUCCUAAGAAAAUCAGCUGCUAGAAACUUACAGGUUCUAGUUUAUAUAGGUGUGAUGUUAGCAAUGGUUAGUGCAUUUUUGCUAACCAUUCAAUGUAGAGCAAAAAACACUGCGAGAAGACGAAUUAAAGCCAUCCAAUCUGCCAAGAGGGCACCUAUACAAAUGGAGCAACUGAAUGUGAGGCAUAAUCCUAUGUAUUUAGAAAGGUUGCCUAGCGUUAGAGAGAACCAAAGACUUAGCCAAUUGCCCCAAGUGCACAAUGCCGUAACCAGACCACUUCCACAAAGGCCCCGCAGACUCUCGGAGAAUCAAAAUAGCUUAGUGGAAGAACCAGGUAUUCCAUGGUGGAGACGACGCGAAGUUAUUCAUUUAUAACUUGAAAGUUGUAAUAUAAAUGUAUAUUUUGUAACGGUUAUUUUGUAAAUAGUUAGCAGUACAUAAUUUAUCAAUUUGAUUUGAUUAAAGGCUGAAUAGUUUUUUCAAUGUUAAUUGCAUAAAAUGGGCUUAACAAUUUUUGAGGUUUUAGUGUGAAUUUUUUUAAUUAGAAAAAAUUUGUAUACCUAAUAUACAUUUUAAUUGGUCUUUGCCUGAAAAUUACGCAAAUUUCAAAAAUUAGUUUCCUGAUACGGAAGAUAGUAAGUAGCACUCUUACUAUAUUGACCAAUUUGUUAAUUAUUUUGGAAAUUUUAAAUAAUGACUGUUUUCAGUGAUUCAAUUUUUAGACAGAUUUGUAUUAUUAGGACUACCCUCUA